AUGGCUGGACCUCACGCUGCGACUGCGUCCAACGAGCCCGCUCAAAACAAUGCGGCACGCCGCCUCUUUGACGAUCACGAACUCCACGACAUCGGGAGCAGCCAAAGUGCCCUCGAGGAGCAGAAGUUUGACAUAGAUGAUCGUCCGCAGAGAGUCACCCCUCUCCCAAAAGCACAGCUCGCCACCCUCUGUGCUAUUCGCCUCAUCGACCCAAUUGCCUUUACCCAAAUCUUUCCCUAUGUGAACGAGAUGAUGGAUCGACUCCAUCUCACCAACGAUUCCUCAAAGAUCGGUUUUUACAGUGGUUUGGUGGAGAGCAGUUUCGCUGUCUCGCAGCUAUUUUUCAUCUAUCACUGGGCGCGCGUGUCUGAUGCCAUAGGUCGACGACCGGUCAUUCUGGCCGGUAUUGUGGGCAUCGGCCUUGCCACCAUCAUGUUGGGGUUGGCUCAUAGUUUGGGCGGGGUCCUUCUUGCUCGGGGUGUCGCCGGCAUCUUCUCCGGGAACAUUGCCGUUAUUCAUUCCGUACUGGGUGAACUUACUGAUAGUACCAAUCAAGCGAUUGCAUUUCCAAUCUACGGGCUAUUUUGGCCAUUAGGCGCAAUCAUUGGACCACUCUUAGGUGGUACCUUCUCCAACCCUGCGGAGCGGUAUCCAAAAUAUUUUGACUAUGACUUCCUUCGGUCAUAUCCCUACUUUCUGCCAAGCUUUGUCGCCGGAUGUCUCUCCCUCGGAAGUGCAUGUCUUGUUUACUUCUUUUUGGAAGAAACAUUGCCAAGUAAACGGCAUCACGGCAACUAUGUUCCCAUGAGACAGGUUGGCUCGGAACACAGGAGUUCUGAUCCUGAAAAGCCACCGCAGCCCGCUAGCCUCCGCGUUUUGCUCUCGAUACCGCUCGUCAAGGCCUUAUGUCUAAGUGGGUUCGCGCUGGCUUUCUUAAAUACUGGCUUUGACGUCACUUUCGUACUCUUUUCGUACUCGGCGAUCGAGCGCGGUGGUUUGAAUUUCCAGGCACACCAAAUAGGCUAUGCCCUUGCCAUGUCUGGCGCUGUUUCUGUUUUCCUACAGCUCUUCUGCAUGCCAUACCUUCUGCGGCGCUUUGACCACGCGAAGAUGUACAAUUUUUACAUGGCAAUCUGGCCGUUCUGCUAUAUCUUCAUGCCAGGACUCAACAUUAUCGCGCGCGCUGGUUUAGAUCCAGCGACGGGCGAGCCGACUCCCGCCACGCGUGUAUUUAUAUGGAUGGGUAUAUGCGGUUUGUUGCUACUCGCCCGCACGGCGUGCUUGGCGUAUUCAGUGAGCAUGAUCCUCAUCAAGGAGAGUGCCCCAGAUCCGUCAUCCCUCGGUGCCACCAAUGGUCUUUGCCAGUUCUUUAUGUGUUUCGCACGGUCCUUCAGUCCAGCCUUUGCGAGCUCACUCUUCGCGUUCUCAAACGGCUUCGAUCACGUAUUAGUCCGGUACCUUUGGGUGAUGGUAAUGGCGAUUGUUUCCUUCCUCGGGACCACAUUUUCACGGCGGAUAGCGGAGGGCCGACGGGUGCAUCAUCGCUGA